AUGCCUACUUACAUCUACAACGCGAUACACGUCAAAGCCGACAAUGAACGUCCUUCAAAAAGGGUAUGGCGGGACUUCAAGAUCAUCGUUUCUCGGUGGAGAGAUCUAGGAGUGAUCUGCCAACCUCUUCCACCCCCGGGUACGGACGUGAAAUUGGUCGGCUUAUUGAAGCAGUUCGCCCUUGGCAUGGUCUUUAUUUGGGCAGUGAUAUUGGCUCUGUUAGCCAAAGUCUGUUCUCAUAAAUGGAGUGCUCUUGCAACACUUCAUAGAUUGAAAGGUACCAAUAGACGCGUGUCUAUAGAGGGAUUGCAUGGGAAGCAUGCAUACAAGGACGAGGCGUGGAUCUUCAUCAAUGGAGUGGGAACCGAUCGUGCGUCCCUUGAACUUAUCCUGAAGGCUUUGAACCGUUUGUUCGGUCGAAAAGUCGAAGGAUUACACAAUGUUACCUUGGGAAUGCCGUACGAUUUGGCAACUUGUUUUCUCGAACGAGAUAUGCUGCUGAUGACUCCCAUCUUGGACGAUCUGCGAAAGGCUGUGAUCAAACACGUCGGAAAUCCUCAGAAAAAACGUGUCGUGUUGAUAGCACACUCCCAAGGUGCUAUACUGUUAUCCCUUUUAGUUGAUAUACUCCUCCAUAGCAAUUUGGAUCCGAAGUCGCUAAGUAAGAUCGCGCUGUACACCCUGGGUGGAGCUGCAGAUCAUUUCGGCAUCUCCAACAGUGAUAAUAAUGGUGGUCUUUGCGGCUUCGGAAACAUUGAGCAUAUCUGCAACGAGAGAGAUUUUGUCGCACAAUUAGGAGUGCUCGCGAGCUCCGGAGUGUACAGCCAUUUCCCUCCGUCUUCGUUGUUCACCGAUGCCGUAGGAAGGUAUUGUGGGAAGAUUUUUGUGCGCGAGGCGGUCACGGGUCAUUUACCGGUGUUUCAUUAG